AUUUAGUCUACCCUGAAACUUUGAGUUGGCAAGGUUACUUUAAAUCGCGCUUCACAAUUCGAAUUUGUAUUAACCAUAACUUUAUUUUAUAUAUUUACUUAAAUGUUGUUCUAGUGAAGGGUUAAAUAACCAAGUUAUUGUCCCAGUAAAAAAGAUAUUUGUGAAUAAAAAACCUUUUUUUUUGUUAUAAUUUCUAUUCGAAAGAGCUAAAAGCGACCAUCAAAUUGCAGCUAAAAGUUUUAAUUAUUAUCUGAUCGUAGUGUUAAAUUAAAUUUUUCUGUUACACAAAAAAAAGAAACAUUUGUUUGGAACAAUUGUUCGUGAAUGUACCGGUGAAAAUCAUUAUAUUUAGUAUAUCAGUGUGUUGUUUAGAGAAUUUUUAAAAAAAUUACAAAUUUUUUUGUUGGUGAACUCUUUGUUGCGAAAAGUCUACUCAACCGGAAACAUUCAGCGGUAGUUAUAAUCGAGGCCAACUCAAAGCGUUACGUGUGGUGUAUCCUACUGAAAUUCUUGAGAUAAUCCACAGUUAGAUACUUGGGGAAACAUGGACACCGCAUUUGAUAACAGCAACGAUGCCACUUUGGACAACUUAAAUCAGGACAUUUUUCAAAAGUCAACAAAUGUGCUAACCGACGGUGACUUGGACAUGGACAUUAAAAAUACAAACUUAACAACACCAUCGAUCGAUACACUAAACAACAUCCAGUCCUACACCAUUGAUAAUCAAAAGAGUUCGGAAAUAAUUGAUCAAAACCGGAUUUCUAACGAUGACUACAUAAUCGAUGAAAAUAACCGACAUUCACCACCACUUCUUCUCAACGAUGCUCCAUUAAAUGGCAAAGCAUCGGAAUUCAAUGCGAGCGAUAACUAUUUUGGUCCGGAAUCAAAUGUUGACGAUGACACCACCGGUUCGCCCGUUACAGAGGAAUUGAAUGAAAAGAGUGACGACAUUGCAAAUAAUAUGGUCGAUGCUAUUCGACCGGAUGAGCUGGUUUCCUCGCAUGGCAUACAUUUCGAAAACGUUGACUAUUUGAAGACGGUGGAUGAAGUCGAGGAAUGUGAUAUGAAGAAGGACGUUGAUGUUGCCGACAAUCUUGAACGUAAUUUCGAUGGUGUGGAAUUCGAAAAUGAAAAUAAUAUGUUUGCUGCCGAUACACCGAUGGAAUUGGUUGCGGAAUCUAUUAAAUUGGUGGACGCUGUUUUACCAGAAAAAACUGAAGAUCCAAUUGAAGAUCCCGUCCAACCAGAGAAUGCAAUUGUACCCGAAAGUGGCGAAGAAUCCGAAGACGAAUGGAAUUAUAUUAAAGUGAGCCAAAACGCUAACGAACACGAAACUCAAGAACGAAAUCUCAUUUCACAAGAAACAGUGGAACCCGAAAGCCUUUGUCCUGACUUGGCUAACGAUAAUCAGUCCCACGACGACCCAGAAAUUGUUGGAAUUGAGGAAUUAAGUUUGUCUGACGCAGAUAUGGCAUCACAGUUGAAUCCUGACGCUAAAGAAUUUAUACCGACUACUCCAUCACCAACAAAUACAACACCGAUAAAUAAUCUAGACAUUAGUGAUGUUGCUGCAACUAUGGCUGCACGGCUACAUUUAGAAGAUGAAUUGGUGGCACAGAGUCCUCGUAAAGGAUCAAAAUGCGAGGAAAUGGUCGAUGUUCCAGUUCCAGAAGAAAACGACUUCCUGGAUGAUAUAGCACAACGACCGGCCGAUCUUGAUUCGACGGUUAUGUCUGAAAAACGACCGGGAUCAUCGAGUAGUCAAUGCUCGUACCAGGAAAUGAAUCUUAAGGAAGCAAUGCAUGGUGACGAAAAACAGGAAUACGCGCCGGAUGCAUUGAGCACUCCGGAUCAGGCGGCAUUCGAAAUUAAUUCGACCAAUGGCGAUCACGAAGAAUUCAUAAACAUUCUGAAUAAAUCGAUGCGAAAUCAGGACGUUAUGAACGCUUCAUUUUACAAUGACGGCACCAGUGAUUCCAAUAAUCCGUUUAAAGUUGAUUUAAAUGCCGUGCAUCGUCUUCCAACUUCUGAUGACGAGAAUGAAGACGAACGUGUUGAAGUCACGGGCGGUACGACUUACUCCUUCGAAGAUACUGAAUUUGGAAUGAACGAUUUCGUCCAACCAACCGAUCAUAGCGGACAAAAUGGUUCUACAGUUAGUGAACUCGGUGUGAAUCGUAGUGAACCGAAAUCGAAUGAAAGUGAGAGCAUUGCUGAAGUGGUCCAAGAAAUGAUAACAGAAAAUAUGGCAGUGUUAGAUCAGUGUAAUUUAGUGUCUACCGAAGCGGAAGCAACAGACAUAAAUCUGUCUGCUACGGCCACCACAACUGAAAAUAUCAUUGACUUCAUCGUGGAACAGGUGGAACAACCAGAAGCUGUCAUUGAUGUUGCCGCUGUCGAACCGGAAGUCGUUACAUUGGCAACAGAGGUCAUCGAACCAGUUGAAUCUGUUGUUUCAAAUCUAAUAUCCACGGAAUGUUUAAUUCCCGAACAACAACCAAAUAUUGUCGUAGAGAGUGAAACCAUUGCUGAACAGAGUAUAAGCAACGAUGUUUUAGCUGCACCCGAACCAAUUGCAGAAACAGUUCCAAUUGCUGAGACAGUAGUUGCAGUUACUGGUGCAGCAGUUGCCGCAGUUGCUGCUACUGCUGCUGUGGCCGCAGCAAAAACUAAAUCGACAAAACCAGUAGAUCCAAAAAGUAAAACAGUUCCAGCAAAGAAACCAUUGUCAGCUGGUGUAACAGCCAAACCUAAAGCAAAACCGGAAGCAACCGCUCCCAAGACAGCUCCUGUACCGCGUCCAAGAACCGUUGCAUCUCAACCACCAGUGAAAGCAAUUGAAAAGAAACCAACAUCAUCGUUAGCAGCCAAAAAACCUGUCAAUGGUGAAGUUAAGUCAUCGGCUUCUGUUCCAGCUGCCAAACGACCAGUCUCCAGCACAACUACAUUAAAAUCUACCACUGCGGCACGAACAGGCACAACUACCACAACUACAUCAAGGGUUACCACUUCCCGUUUGACCACAAAAACAGCCACCACCACCGGUGCUGAAGCUCCGAAAAGAGUUGCGACCACAAAGACUACCACUACCACAACUUCAUCAACUUUAAAACCACGCCCAUCUUCGGAAAAACCAUCAUCGACGUUAGGACGAUCUCCGAUUUCGAAAGCUAAUACAUCAGCAACAGACAAAUCCACAAAAGAUACGGUGAAUAAAUUACAAACAUCCGGUGCUCGGGCACCUGUUUCUCCACGCAGCACACUUGCAACAUCCAGAACCACAACAGUACCACCAAAAAAAGUUGAUGCAGCUAAGCCUCCAAGUGCUGCCGCACCAAUCAAACGACCAAUAAGCUCAACUCAGCGAGCCCCAGUUGCUGCAACCACAAAUAGCAAAGUGGCACCGACUCAAAAACGACCGAUAUCGUCGGCGACGAACCGAUCAACGACCCUAGAAACCGUUAAGAAAACCACGUCAACUGUGAAGAAGGACGCCACAAAAUCUCAAGCUAAUGGAACGAAAGAAUCGAAACCGAAGGAGAAUGGAAACGGAACUGAAACAAAUGAAACAAAUGGUACGCACGCUUUCGAUAUGCCGAUUGAAUUGAACAAUGCUGUGAAUGUCGAACAAGAACCGGUUAUGAUGUAAUCUGAGUUCGCUAAUUUGGAAUUGGAAUUGGCGACAAUUUUUUUUUGCUUUUAUAAUGGGAAGUGAAAACAAACAAUUGGAAGAAAAAGAAAAACAAUUUUUAUUACUCAAACAACUUAAGGAACCCUACGUUUUGUACUGAUCAACGAUAUGUUAAUUUGCAUUCAAAUAUUUUAAAAUUUAUGAGAUAACUUAACUAUUAAAAAUAAUUUAAAAAAAGGAAAAUGAAAGGAAGGGAGGAAUUUAUGAAAUCAAAA